AUGAAUAGAUCUCGUAGAUAAGAAUUAUUACAAUUAGUUAACAAAAAACGAAGUUUUCUCUCGCCUCCCACCAAAAGAACAUCUAAUAAUAAACCCUUCAGAAGACAAAGUUGUAGAUGUUCAGAGUGUGGACAUGUAGGGGCCUUCUAAGAUAGAUAAAAUGCUUUGCAUCCAUAAACGUACAUAAGGGCUCAUCAUUGUAAAAAGAGGAAACGAAGAAUGCAAAGAAGAAAAGGUACUUAUGUUACCUCCACGAGUUUAAAUAUUGGAGAUUCAUAAAACAAUACAAUUAUCAUCGCUAACAAUUAAAAAUCACGAAAAACCAAAUCUAUAUUGGUGAGUUCUAAAUCAUCGGAAGCCAUUGCAAAAUGUAAAAGGCUUUUAACAAAAGAUGAUUAACAAAUUAAUUAUGAGUUCUUUUAUAAUAAUGAAUUAAAAUAUUCAAAAAGCAUCAUGGAAAUAUCGUAAAACUCUUAAACUUAUGAAACAGCUUUGAUUUCAUUUGUCAAUCUAACCAAAUCACCAAGUUUUGCAUUUAAUAGUUUUAAAAAUAUCAUCAAUGAAUCAAGAACUAGUUCAAGUGAUGAAUAAAAUCAAAAAGUCUCAGAAUCAAAACCUAUCUAAUCAAAGACUCCCUUAAUCAAAACCAAAAACAUUUCUAUGCAUAAUCGCAAACUUACUGAAGGUAUUAUGCUUACAAAUGUAAAUAAAACUGUCUAAUAAUUUGUAUCAUCCUGCACUUCAAUGAAGGUAAUCAAUACUCCAAAGCCACAAAAACAAAUUUAAUUGCCAUAAAUAAAUUUAAAAAAAGAAUAAAAUAAGUUUUCUGUCUAUUUAUUGAGUUCUCCUCGAAAAGCACUCUUUGAGAUGAAGACUCAAAUAACAUCAUAAAAAAAAAUCAAAACUUCAAAAAAGUGA